AUGAUUGAAAGACCGGACGAUCGCAGAGGAUAUAUUUCACAGCCAUGGGAGCGCCCUCCGAGACGCUAUAUCAAACGCCAUCGCUCGCGAGAUUCGCGUGAGCGAGAUCAUAGGCGAAGACCGGCUCCUUCAUUCGAACAACCACUUAUCCGCCCUGUGGUAAGGAAUGGUUCUGAUGAUGAAGAAGAAAUGCUUAUGAGUAAUAGUGAUCCCGAUAUGUAUACGCGAAAGUUGAUGGAGAGAAGACAUUUUCGCAAUCGGUAUGUCCUUAGUCUCACUUAUGGAUAG